AUGUCUGUUCCAAGCCAACAACAUUCUAUUAUUAUUAACCCUCCUCCACCAGAAUAUAUAAAUAACAAUAACAGUGGCUGUCAAACAAACCAACUUCAGUACUUACAGAGGGUGGUCAUGAAAGCCAUGUGGAGGCACAACUUUUCCUGGCCGUUUCAUCAGCCUGUAGAUGCAGCAGCACUGAAUCUUCCUGAUUAUUACAGUAUUAUAAAGAAUCCUAUGGACUUGAGCACCAUUAAAAAGCGUCUGGAACAUAAUUACUACACAAAAGCUGCAGAAUGCAUUGAAGACUUUAAAACAAUGUUCUUGAACUGCUACAUAUAUAACAAGCCAGGUGAUGAUAUUGUGUUUAUGGCCCAAGAACUAGAAAAAGUGUUUAUACAGAAAAUAGCCCAAAUGCCACCAGAAGAAAGACUAGUGGUUCUCAAGAAAGGAAAGAGAAAAGGAAACAAGCCAGAAGAAACACAGCAGCCCAACCCUGGGACUUCAAAUGAAGAAAGCGCAAUGCAGAAACAAGCUGAAAGCAGUGAGCAGCCUCCAGUGAUGACUCAAGAGCUACAUCAGGUUACACUAACUCCUUUGUCUGCAGCUAAACUGACUGCUUUAAUGCCAUCUGCAAUCCCUAUAACAAAAGCAAAAAAAGGUGUGAAAAGGAAGGCUGACACUACAACUCCUACUACCUCAAUAAUCACAGCAAGCAGUGAAUCUUCUGCAACAUUUAAUGAAAAAAAAGCCAUUAAAGCAUGCAGAGGUGAAAAAGAAUGUAUGAUACCAAAUAAGUUUCAGAAGAGACACUUGCCAGAUUCUCAACAGUCACCUGAAAGUCUUAAGAAGAUUCAGUUGUCAGAACAACUAAAACAUUGUAAUGAAAUACUUAAAGAAAUGUUUUCAAAGAAACAUGCAGCAUAUGCGUGGCCUUUCUUAAAACCUGUAGAAGUUGCAUCUUUCUCACUUGGUGAGAAUCAAGGGAUCACCAAAUGCCCUACAGACCUGGGAGCAAUUAAAAAGAAAAUGGAUAAUUUUGAAUAUAAAGAUAUACAAGAAUUUGCUACGGAUGUUAGAUUAAUGUUCAUGAGCUACUACAAACAUAAUUCUCCAGACCAUGAAAUAGUUGCUAUGGCAAGAAAACUUCAGGAUGUUUUUGAGAUGCACUUUGCCAAAAUUCCUGAUGAACCUGUUGCAAGUGUUCCUCCGCUGCAGCCUAAAAGAGAAAUGACAGAAGCUUAUUCUAGUGAGAGCAGCAAUGAUGACUCUUCAGAAGAAAAGUCAUCUGAAGACUCUGAAGAGGAGAGAACAGUGCACCUUGCAAAGCUUCAGGAGCAACUUAAAGCUGUUCACCAGCAGUUGCAGACUUUAACCAGAGUAUACUUACCUAAACUGAAAAAGAAGAGAGGGAAGGCUAAAAGGGAGAAAAGUAAGAACAAGGAAAAAGCCAAAAUAAAAAGCCUGAUUCAAAAGAAGAAAAAUCUAAAACACAAGAAGAAAUCUAAGAAAAAGCUGUCUUUAAACUUUCAGUCAAAGAAAACCAUGCAGCAGGUCUUGUUGGCACAUAAGGCAGAAGAUGAAGAUGGUGCCAAGCCUAUGAAUUAUGAUGAAAAAAGACGGUUGAGUUUGGACAUAAAUAGACUCCCUGGAGAUAAGCUUGGGAAAGUAGUCCAUAUAAUACAGUCAAGAGAACCUUCACUGAGGAACUCUAACCCUGAUGAGAUAGAAAUAGACUUUGAAACUUUAAAGGCUUCAACACUUAGAGAACUAGAGAAAUACGUGGCAACCUGUUUGAGAAAGAGACUGAGAAAGCAGCGGGGUAAACAAACAACAAAGUCCAAAGAACAACUUAAUUCUGAGAGGAAACAAGAGCUAGAGAAGAGACUACUGGAUGUCAAUGGUCAACUAAACCCAAAGAAGGAGAACCUCAAGUUUGAAAACAAUGCUGAGUGCAGUAUUGGGCCAAGCAGACUGAGCAACAGCAGCAGUUCCUCAGACUCCAGCAGCAGUACUAGCAGUGGUUCUAGCUCCUCAGAUAGCAGCGACUCUGAAUCAGUUACAGAAACCUGCUCAAAACAGGCUGGAGCCAGGCAGAACUGUCCAACUUCCAUGGAAAAGCCUAAGAGAAUACCACUGUGUUUGCAGAGGACAUCCUGCAAUGCUGUUCCACAAGCACAGCCCUCAUCCUUUACUAGUAGCUUGCAAAAACAUGGAUCAUCUGAACUACAGCAGCUCCCUCCCAAUGUACUGCAGAGGCUUCAGCCUUUACAGAAUAGAACACUUAAACCAUCAGAACAAAAUUCCCAGUCUCCCUCAGGUAUAAUUCCAGCUGUAUCUGCUGUGCAUGAUGUGCCAGACCAGCAAACUCCUCAGAGUACUGCAAGGACAAAUCAGUCUCCUGUUGUCCAGUGCACACAUGUUCUUCCAGAGGUAUCCAACACAACUUUCCAGCUUGGUAGCAGUGACUGGAGUGAACAAGCUGAGAAAACAAUACUUCUAGACAAAUCAAAUAAACUUCAAAACAAGGCCAGUGAGAGAACUGCUGAUUCAAUAUCCAUAUGUCAAGAACAAAGUCAUUGUACACCUAAUGAUAAACCUAACAGUGAAAGCAUGCUAGAGCCAAAAUUCAAAAUUCUUUCAAGAAAGGAUACAGGAUUUAAGAAUAUAGAUUCCUGGGUAAGCUUAUGUAAAACGAUGAUGAUUCCAGCUCCAAUAAAAACAUCUGCUGAGAGCUUCAGACAGUUCAGGAAAGCAGCCUUAAAGAAGAGGAGUGGGCAAGCGCAGGAGUUUAAAAGUGGCCAUGAAGGCACAGGAUUGGGUGCCAUGGCAGCGACAGACUGUGAGUCUCAAAAAAAGCAAAAGAGCAAACAACUGCCUGAAGCUCAACAACACACUCUUAUUCAAGACCGUAACUUGGCUAGAAAAAUGGAACAAGAACGCAGGAGGAGAGAAGCAAUGGCUUGUACAAUUGAUAUGAAUCUGCAGAGUGAUAUUAUGGCAUCUUUUGAAGAAUAUCUUUCGUGA